CUGACGAUGACGUCAUUACUUGAAGCUGCUGCUGCAUAAAGUCAUUCUGCAAGCUUUGAAGUCAAUGUGAGCAGGAGGUUUUGCAAAACAGAUCUGUCAAACAAAUGAAAAAAAAUUAAAUCAAAUAAAUCACAAAAAACAUGUUGCGAAACAUUGAAGAGAUGGGUUUGUGUAGAUGUGUGCAUGUGUGGAUAUUGUUCAGUAAAGUCCUACAAGUGAAAAAAAAGAGUGAGAUUACUUUAACUUCUGCAUCCUGCAGGUAUUUAAAAAAAAAUAUGGAGGUCAAAGUUCAAGAAGAAAUGAGGUGUGGCUGGAUACAAACUGGACUUUCCAUGUUUUGGAGUUCGGUGCGGAGAGAGGAGAGGGUUUGAGGAACCAGGCAGGAUUUAACACCAACAUGUCCCAGGAUCCUGAGAAGGUCAAUAUGCCUCGUCCUGAACUAUUUGAUUUCCAUGGCGUCUCGAUGACUCGUUUAUUCACGGACAACUGGGAAGAAGUCCAAAACUUUGAGGCCAGACCAGAUGAUAUACUCAUUGCAACAUACCCCAAAGCAGGUACCACGUGGGUCUCCUACAUCUUGGACCUGCUGUAUUUUGGUCAGACGUGUCCAGAGCGUCAGACGACCAUCCCGAUCUUUGAGAGAGUUCCAUUUUUGGAGAUCUUCGUCCCGAACCUCAUUUCAGGAAAAGACCAGGCAGAAAAUCUUCCCACCACCCCUCGACUCAUCAAAACCCACUUUCCUGUCCAGUUUGUGCCAAAGUCCUUUUGGGAGCAGAACUGCAAGGUGGUCUAUGUGGCCCGCAAUGCCAAGGACAACAUGGUGUCUUAUUUCUACUUUUCCUGCAUGUCCCAGCUGCAACCUGAACCUGGAGAUUGGAGCAGCUUCUUCCAGAAAUUCUUGGAGGGAAAUUGUAUGUAACAGAGGCUGCAAGAUCGUUUAGUCAUUGUCACUUCAUACAUGACACUGACAUGAUAACCAAGAAUAAUCAGGACUGACACGUCACAAAUUUUAGCUUUAAAGAAUAGCACAAAUAAACUGUUAACAUCAUCAGUUCUAAAAUCUGAUGAGGACCAAGCAAAUAUUUAAAAGGAUUUCUUCUUCUUGCUAUGAAUUAUCUGACCUCCUUCUCACAGCAAAGUGUUCCUCCAUAUUUUAUUUUGACUCAGUGCCGUAUGGUUCCUGG